AUGGCUUACAAUUUUAAACAGAUAACCAUAGUUCCAACUGCUUCGGAGUUUAUAGACAUUAUUUUGUCUAAAACUCAGAGAAAAACUCCCACAGUAGUCCAUCCAGGCUAUAAAAUAUCUAGAAUAAGAACAUUUUACUCAAGAAAAGUAAAAUACACCCAGCAGAAUUAUCAUGAUAAACUUACUAUUAUUUUGGGAAGCUUUCCUAAACUUGAGGAUGUUCAUCCUUUUUACGCGGAGUUAAUGAACGUUCUUUAUGACCGAGAUCAUUACAAAAUUGCUUUAGGCCAAUUGAGUACUGCACGUAAGCUUAUAGAUGGCGUUGGAAGAGAUUACUUAAAGUUAUUGAAGUAUGGUGAUUCAUUGUAUAGAUGCAAACAGCUUAAAAAGGCAGCUUUAGGAAGGAUGUGUACCAUAAUAAAACGGCAGGCCUCAUCCUUGGCCUAUUUAGAAAGGGUUAGACAACAUUUAUCCCGACUCCCUAGUAUUGAUCCUCAGGAGAAAACUUUAAUUCUAACUGGUCAUCCCAAUGUCGGCAAGUCUAGUUUUAUGAAGUGGGUCACUAGAGCAGACGUAGAUGUGCAACCUUACCCGUUUACUACGAAGUCUUUAUAUAUUGGCCAUAUGGAUUACAGGUAUCAAAGAUGGCAAGUAAUGGACACUCCAGGUAUUUUGGAUCAUUCUCUCGAGGAAAGGAACACUAUAGAAAUGCAAGCUAUUACAGCACUUGCCCAUCUUAAAGCUUGUAUUAUCUACAUUUUGGACAUAUCAGAGGAAUGCGGAAACAGCGUAACCGAGCAGGUUUCUCUUUUCAAUAAUAUAAGAGUAUUGUUCUCAAACAAGCCUGUAGUACUCGUUUUAAAUAAAAUCGAUACCGUAAGACCCGAAAAUUUGCCUUUGGAAGUCCAGCAAGCUCUAAAGGUUUUAGAAGAGCAGAAUCCCGACAUGGCUGUUAUAGGCAUGAGCUCGCUAACGGGUGAAAAUGUUACCGAGGUAAAAACCAGGGCGUGCGAUAAGCUUUUGCAAUUGCGUGUGGAGCAAAAGAUCUUGUGCGGAAAAGUUAGCGGACUUAUGAAUCAGUUGACAGUUGCCUAUCCCGUCAAGCGCGACUGUCUCAGCCGUCCACCGGUCGUCCCCGCUACGGUGCUCAACAGCGCCCCAGUCGCAAAGAAGAAGACAUUGCAUCAGUGCUACAUAGACGAAUGCGAAGAUUUUUAUUAUGAUUUGCGGGAGGAGCAUCUUAUGACCAACGAGGACUGGCGCUUUGACAAUAUACCAGAGAUAAUGGACGGCAAAAACAUUGCCGACUUUGUCGAUCCAGAUAUUCUUGAGAGGCUUGAACUGCUGGAGCAAGAAGAGCUCAUUCGUGUGCAGCAGGGCUUUUACGAUUUUGGAUAUCAAACUACUGCAGGAGAUAAAGAUAUUACUGAGCUGGCCUUGAAAAUUCGUCAGCAGAGGCGGAAAGUUUUAUUAGAGACUAGACAAAAAAAUGCUAAACGGGGGUCGCGCCUACCCAGGCGGUCCAUUACAAAAAAUAAUUUGCGGAAUCAUCUUCUCAGUCUGGGCAUUAAACUAGAGGGACCUAGUAAACAGUGCUUACCCACUGCUACUUUGCCUCAGAAAAGAGGCAAACCGCUUGAACUUACUUCUACUGCGAAAACUAUAAAACUGGAGAAUAAUGCAGGAGAAGUUGUGUCCUCCACUUCUAGGUUGAGAGCCGUGCCCGGGUCUAAAAACCGGGCCGCUUCAGGCUUACGGGAUGAGACUCAGCAUAAGCUGGCUGUAAAAUUAAUGAGGUUCUCCCAGCGAGCGAGGAAUAAAGAAGCAAGGAAGGGCGAAGGGGACCGCACUAUUUUAAAUAAAAAGCCAAAGCACUUGUUUUCUGGAAAGCGGAGUAUCGGUAAAACUGACCGCCGUUGAGAUUUAGU